AUGGCGAAGAAGGCAUUGGCCAAGGACCAGAUCGUGAAGCUCAUCGUGGGCGCCGGUCAGGCCAGUCCCAGUCCCCCCGUCGGUCCGGCCCUGGGUAGUAAGGGUGUGAAGAGUAUGGACUUUUGUAAGGAAUUCAACGCCAGAACUGCACACAUCAACACCGGUGUCCCUAUUCCUGCGCGUGUCACUGUCCGCCCCGACCGUUCCUUUACCUUCGACCUCCGUACUCCCACCACCACCUAUUUGCUGUUGCAAGCGGCCAAUGUGGAACCUCGCAAGAAUCGCAUCCGUGGCGCCCAGAACCCGGGCCAUGAAUUCAUCGGCAAGAUCUCCCUCAAGCAUGUCUACGAAAUCGCCAAGAUCAAGCACUCCGAGACGCGACUGUCUGGACUGAGCCUACAGGGAUUGUGCAAGAGUGUCAUUGCCCAGGCCAAGUCCGUUGGCAUCCAGGUUGUACCAUGA